AUGCGAUCCUAUUCCUCCGCCGAAGUAAAGGAGCAGGGUGCAGCAAGAUCACUCAUUAUCAUACAUGGAAAAGUCUACGAUGUGAGCAGCUACUUGGAUGAGCAUCCCGGAGGAAAAGACCUUGUGCUGGAUGUAAUUGGCACCGACGCGACAGAGCACUUUGUUCAGGCGGGGCAUUCCGACGAGGCACAAGAUACACUCUCUAGUCUCGCUGUUGGCAGAGUCAAAGAUUACCAACACAGAAAUGAUCAAGAGACAAAGAGUGCUCUAUUCCAAAUGGACAACAAUGCCGCAGCAACGCCCUCUCAGGUAUCGUGGCGCCUUGCAAUGGCCGUACCUAGUACGGCCUUCUUGGCCUUGUGCCUGCGGCUUGUGAUUCGUCAUGCCAAUAUUGGCAGUACUUGGAUUUAUUUCCCACCAUUUGGGACAUCACUCCUUACUUUCAAUGUGCCAUCUACAUUGUUGCUAUCCUCCGUUAUUGCUUUGAUGGUUUCUCUUGGGGCCUUUACCUACUUCUUGGAUCUUCGUACAGAUUCUUUAAGCAAGUAA